AUGUCUUCUACCACAAACCCUCAAGUUAAAGCCCUCCCUCUCGCCGAUGGGGAGGUCGACCCCAAGACUGUCGACAUCAGCGAGCGCGGAAAGGCCGAUCUCGCUGAAGACAUCCUGCAGAUCAUCAAGAACAUCCUCGACGGUAUCUUAGCUGACGACGCGAACCGUGGCAAGUUCACGAAGGCCAUGGUCUCGACCAUGUACAGCAAGUACCCCGACUUCAACUGGGUGUGCUGCCACACUGCCCACUCCUACAAGUGGGACGGGACCAAGGGCGUCGAAUGGGCUCACUUCCAUGAAGAGUUCGACCUCCAGAUUGGGGGAACCAUCAGAUACGAAAUCUAUUGGGCUCGUUCUGGAAUGUUCGCCCUCCAUGGUGAUGGUGGCUUUGAGAACUGGGCUUACAUCGGCAAUGUCACCGGAAAGUCUCAGGAUGGAAGGAUCCUUGUCUUCUCGAGGCCGUAG